CUGGUAAAGUCGAGUGACUACUUCCAUACAUUGAACAGUGACAUCCAUUCCUUGGACUAUCCGCAUGAUUCUAUUUGCCAAAGAUUGAUCAGCCACACACAAGUCGAUAACUUCUAUAGCAAUCUAAAAAAACCGAUGCAGAAUAAUAAUGGAUCCUAUAUGAACAUACUCCUAAAAACCUACGUAUAUCUACAAAUAGACACCCAAAAGAUGGAGAAAUACGUCUCAAGAAACGAUACGAACCUUCACAUUCAAGUCAAUUAAUUUUGACAGAUCAGAGUCACUCAUUUGCAUGAACUGGUUCAAAAACUCAGGGUUAACAUCGGCACGUUCCAAAGUUUUCAACAUUUGUUUCGUUUCCGAUUGAGUUAAUGAUUUCCCGUCGAGCAGCCUACGUGUAAACUCCUUCAACUGAUCUUCGGUGAGCUCCUGCGCGGGGGCAUGGAUCGUUGGCAAAGAUGCAUUGUCUACGUGAAGCAGAUCCUGGUCCUUCGAGCUGAUGGGAUUUGUGGAAGGGGCGCCGACAAUGUUAUUUUGAAGCUCAUCAACAUCUUCACAGCCAAGCUCUAUCGGCUGAAUAGGAUAAAGUGGAGGCAUAAGCGGUGUGGUUUUGAACGGUAG